AUGGCUGGACAGCAAACACCCACCAACGGCGAUAUCAGAAUAAUUCUUGUCGGCUUGAAGGCCUCUGGUAAAAGCAGCACAGGGAAUACCAUCAUUGGUCAAAACCUUUUCAAGACGUGUCUAUCAUCCUCCAGCAUCACUAAACCAGAAUACGGUUGCGGAAACGUCAAUGGAAGAACAAUCCAUGUCGUGGAUACUCCUGGGUUCACUGUUGGUGAUACGAAUAUAAGACAUCACCUGGAACAACUUGCGUCUUCUGUUGAUAUGAUACGUCCAGGUCCACAUGUCUUUUGCAUCAUUGUUAAGGUCUCCUUAUUCACACGUGAUGAUGUUGAAACCAUGAAACUCAUACGAUCAGUUUUCGGGAACGAGAUGCUGCGACAUGCUGUCCUCGUCGUUACUCACGGUGAUGACAUAGAAAAUGAUGGUUUGGACAUAGAAGACAUAUUUCGCGAGGCACCCCGUGAACUAAAUGAUCUCCGUAGGGAAUGCGGAUGGAGAGUUGCCAUCAUUAAUAACAGAUCAGCUAAUCGGAACGCUGAAGGCGUUAGCCUUAUAGGAAACAUUGAAAAAUGGAGACUGUGUGACAAGUUGUAUAGGGGAAUACCGAAUCCUGAUGUUCUUAACAGAGGCUGGUUCAGCUGGUUCUGCAGCUGUUUAAACGCCUGUUUCAGAUGUAUCAGAGAUUUUCUAUCCAGAUGUUACAGAUGUUGUGUCGAUUGAUUUUGAGCAAGUUGCGUUUGCAUUAAAUAUGUGUAUAAAAACUGGAAAGUGUUAAACAAUUUUUGAUAGGACAGAUUCAGGAGUCAAUUAGUUAUAUCAUAUUUCUAUUGGUUUAAUUUAGAAAAUACAUUCUAGGUAUAUGUAAAUAUUUCAAAUUGUAGAGUUUCAAAUAUACCUUCAUGUUAGGUCGCAGGGCUUCUUUACAAUGAAUGAUAUCCGAAGUUAGGUACAAAUAAUUAAAUGCUGAAAUUCCAAUAAAAACACAAAAUAAAAAGAACAUCUCUUUUUCUGAUUGCUCGCCAUUGUACGUUCAAGUCAAAGUUCAAGGGGAGCAGCUGUGUAUUGCAUCUCGCCUGUUAUUUAUUUUAUAUCACGUUGCUAUAAUGUGAAACUAUAACGUUACCCAAUUAGAAAGAACAACAUGUAACAAUGCGGUUGGUGGCUCAAUUUGCUUGUAUUAAUUUUUCACAAAUAAUACAUUACAUGUGUAUAUAUAUUUUACAAAAACAAAAACAAUAUUAUGUAAUAUUAUAUAUUAUGGGGCUAAAAACACCCAUAUUUGUAGAA